GACGUUUACAAUGAAAUAUUAUAAAUUCAAUGUUUUCUGAAGUCUUGGGAUUAUUAAUUAAUGAUUUACAAUAAAAAUUAUAGGGAUAACGUAUUUAAAAAUUAAAUAAUUUAAGGGAUUUAUGAUAACAUUUCACUAUGACAACUUUACGUGAACGCCAGCUAAAUGCACUCAAGCAGAUGCUAAAUUUAAAUGAACCACUGACGAAGGCAGUGGCAAAUGAACCCAUUUGGAAAGUGUUAAUUUAUGAUAGAGUUGGACAAGAUAUCAUUUCACCGCUGAUAUCUAUCAAAGAGCUCAGAGAAUUAGGAGUCACCCUUCAUGUUCAAUUACAUUCAGACCGAGACCCUAUUCCUGAAGUACCUGCUGUAUACUUCUGUGCGCCAUCAGAAGAAAACCUGGGAAGGAUCUGUCAAGAUUUAGACAAUGGUGUUUAUGACCAGUAUCAUUUGAACUUUAUAUCUCCAAUAACUAGACAGAAACUAGAAGAUCUUGCUGCAUCGGCCAUUCAAUCAAACUCUGUUAUGAGCAUACACAAAUUAUAUGAUCAGUAUUUGAAUUUCAUUUGUCUAGAAGAUGACUUAUUUAUUAUGAAACAUCAGCAGUCAGAUGCUUUAUCUUAUUAUGCCAUAAAUAAAGGAGAUACUAAAGACACAGAAAUGGAAGCCAUCAUGGAUGAUAUUGUUGAAAGCUUAUUUUCAGUAUUUGUUACACUUGGAAAUGUACCCAUAAUUCGAAGUAGUAAAGGCAAUGCAGCAGAAAUGGUUGCAAAGAAACUUGAUAAAAAGCUCAGAGAGAAUCUCUGGGAUGCCAGAAAUAAUCUAUUUCAUGGGAAUGCUGGACAAGGGGGCACAUUUAGUUUUUCAAGACCCAUGCUGAUUUUAUUGGACCGUAAUAUGGAUAUGGCAACGCCGUUACAUCACACUUGGACAUAUCAGGCUCUUGCUCAUGAUGUUUUGGAUUUGUCUUUAAACAGAGCAGUAGUACCUGAAAGCACUGGUCCAGCCUUACCAGGACAAAAGAUCAAAACGCGAACUUGUGACUUGGACUCCAGAGAUCCUCUGUGGUUGGAACAUAAGAGCAGCCCCUUCCCAACUGUCGCUGAAGCUAUACAGGAAGACUUAGACAAAUAUAGGAGUUCAGAAGCUGAAGUAAAGAAACUGAAAAGCUCAAUGGGCCUCGACGCUGACAGUGAUCUAGCACUAAGUUUGGUGAGCGAUAACACACAGAGACUUACAAGUGCGGUUAACUCCUUGCCGCAACUUAUGGAGAAGAAGAGGCUGAUUGAUAUGCAUACUACUAUUGCAACUGCAAUAUUAAACUCCAUAAAAUCAAGACGAUUGGAUUCAUUCUUCGAAUUGGAAGAGAAAAUAAUGAGUAAAAGCGGCGCGGUAGAGAGCAAAGCUGUUAUGGAUUUGAUCACUGACAGCACAGCUGGUACCACAGAAGACAAAAUGCGUUUAUUCAUCAUUUAUUAUCUGUGCACGUCACAAGUAACCGAGGAAGAGUAUAAGAAGUUUGAAGCCGCUCUAUUGACCGCUAAUUGUGACAUCAAACCAAUGGCUUAUAUGAAGCGGUGGAAGAGCUUCACGAAAAUGUCGAGUCAAUAUGAAGGAGGUGGUACCAAAACGGUGUCUAUGUUCUCCAAACUUGUGUCUCAAGGAUCAUCUUUUGUCAUGGAAGGAGUCAAGAAUUUAGUUGUUAAGAAACAUAAGCUGCCAGUAAGCCGCACGGUAGAAGCAGCUAUGAACGGCGGCAGCGACACUGAGCUGACGUGGCUGGACCCGCGCAGUGCACGCACAGACGCGGCGGGCAGAGCACGUGCCUCCCGCCACGCGACCCCCAGCGACGCGGUCGUGUUCCUCGUGGGCGGCGGCAGUUAUAUCGAGCACCAUAAUCUGAUCGACUUCGCUAAGCAACAAGCUGCUAGUGGCGUUUCAAGAAAAAUAAUCUAUGGAGCGACAACUCUUCCGAACGCCUCUCAGUUUUUGAAACAACUAUCACUUUUAGGGGAAGAACUUCAAUGAACAUUCCUGUAUUGAAUUUGUAAUAUAAUAUUUAUUCAAAAUGAAACUUGCAUGAAGUCUCGUUAAAGGAUGUUUGGGAAAAUGAUAUAGAAUGAUGACCUAAUUUUAUUAUUAAAAGUUUUUAUUAUGUAGCAAUAAACUCAUCAAGUUCUUUCAACAGACUUAUAUUGUAAUAAAAUGUAGAUUCCGUUAAUUUUUCGUAAUUGUAAUAUUUUUUGCACGGAUUGGUGUUAUGCUUUUGCAAGUAAAGAAAUAAAAAUAUGUACAUAGUGUUAUAAAUAGAAAUGUUCACUUUAAAAUAUUUAUAUGAACCUGAAUGGGAGAUAAAUAAAAAACUCAAUUCAACAAGUUGGCAUUUUAUUUACAAUGACGUUGAAAAUAGAGCUAACAUCUAAUAAGUUCUACCAAUAAAUUUUGAUUGUUUAGAACAAGAAGUAUAAAAUCUAAAUCACAAGAUCAUUAGAAUUCAGUAGCAAUCAGAUCUUAAACCAUAAAUUAUUAUUAUUCCUCACGAUGUUCUAUUCCGACAAACCGCAAAGGCUAUGGGGCAAAAUAAUUUCACAACCAAAAUCCUAGACGACCAGAAGCAAUGUUUGAAAUCUAAACUUAAACUUGUCUUGAAUUUAUGUAUCCCAAAUCUACAAUCUAUUGUGCUAAAUAAAAAUCGUGUCACAUUUCGAACACAA